GGGUCCCGCUCCUGACCGGCAGCACGGCCGACCGCGGGAAGGGCUCGCUGCGCGGCGGGCUCGCACCUCGACCGGGUUGAUCACUGUGCCUAGAGAGCGGCGAGGCCGCGGGGGUGGCGGUGCGUGUAAGCGGGAAGUGGUGGGCUGUGCUCCUGGGGCGGAGUGCUGCUGGCAGCCCUUUGAGAUGGGGCGCGGUGUUCCGUGGGCACCGCAUGCGUGUCGUAGGUUAUUGGCUGGCAAAGGCCGUGGCGUAAGGAUACUCAGAAUCUUUGGGCCUGUACAACGCUCAGAGGGAAACAUAAUUUGCUAUUUUGGGUCACGGAGGAUUUUUUUAUUCCUCUCAAGUUCACGCACUUGGUAGCUUUGCAGCUAAAAUCCUGUGUUAACGUGAAACGUCUGUCUCACGAAAAUAACAAGCAUCCAACCUUCGUUGCACAAAGUGUGUUUUCCUCUGUUAAGAAACGUAAGCAUUCCAACAUAAAGUUUUAGUCCAACUUCGUGGAUUGGACUAGAUGUUCUCCAGAGGUUACUUCUAACCCCAGUGAUUCUAUGAUUCCUCCAGUUGUGCUGAGGAUCCCCUGACAGAAGCACUCCAGGCAGAAUGUUUGGCUUCCCUUUUCAGACACUGAAUGAAUUAAGCAUGGCUCUUCCUUAACGUGGAGGUUUCUGUUUAGUGGUAGAACAGGGUGGAUGGAAGAAUAUAAAAUCCUCAAUUUUUUUAGUGACUUUUUCAAUAAAUGUGUGUGGUCAUGUUGAAAUGGCAAUAAUAAGCCGCCAAUAUUCUUGCUUAUAUGGCUGCUUAUAUGGCUGGCUGUUAACUGCCUCUUAAUUAAACUAGGCCACUGCUGGUCAUGAAGAUUUUUCUGAUAGUGAUGAUGAUGAUAAUAUCAUAGAUUUGCAUGAGUUCUUAGGCAAGAAUAUCUUCAGAUACAGGUGUUAGCAGGUGGGGAAGAUGUCGCUUUCAAUUGCAUAUGGUAUAGCUUACAAGUUGUUUACUGCACUUCUUGCUCUAGCUGCGUAGCUGCUGGGGACAGAGUCUGCACUGAUUCAUAAAUUUUGCUUGGACACGAUGCGUUACUGCAGAAGUAUGACCUGCUAUGGCUUUUUACAUCUCUGCAGUGACUUUGAAAGACUGCGGCGAGCUUCAGAAAUCAACCAUGGGCAUUAAAGGUUUACAGGGAUUUGUGGCGAGAGUUUGCCCUGAUGCAUGCAGAAUGGUAGAUCUGAAAGAGAUGGCAGAAAAACACCGCAUCGAUCAUCCAGAUGUCACACCUGUUAUUGUAGUAGAUGCCAUGAGUUGUGUUCGACACUGGUACACACCAGAAUCCUGGGUGUGUGGUGGCCAGUGGCGAGAGUACCUUACUGUUUUAGAGGAUUUCAUUGAAACUUUUAAAGCAGCUGGUAUCGAGUUGGUGUUUUACUUUGAUGGAGUGGUAGAAGAGAAAAAGAGAGAUGAGUGGAUCAAACGGAGGCAGCAGAAUAACAAGGAAAUAGCCAAUCUAUUUCAGUUUAUCAAGACUCACAGGAAACAGCCGGGGAGAGGAAUGUUCGUUCUUCCCUCAGCUUUGCCUACUUUUACACGGUUUGCUCUAAAGUCACUUGGUCAAAAAACAGUGUGCACGUUGCAAGAGGCAGACUUUGAGGUGGCUGCAUAUGGUUUGCAACAUAACUGCAUGGGAAUUCUUGGUCAAGAUAGUGACUACCUCAUCUAUAAUACAUCUCCCUAUUUUUCCAUUGAGAAGCUCUGCUUGGACAGACUAGUCACUGUUAUGUACUCCAGAGAAGAUCUUUGCCGUGCACUGGGUCUUAAUAUAAUGCACCUUCCUCUCUUUGCUUGUUUGCUUGGCAAUGAUGUUGUUCCAGAAAACUUGCUGGAAGGCUUCUGGCAUAAAUGUUUAGUCAUCUGUCCCUCCAGGAAUAAGAGCUACAACAGAAGAACAAGCAUAAUUUUAGCUGUAGCGAAUUAUAUCUCCAAAAUUCCAUGCUUGUACAGCAGCCUGAAACACUUGGAAGAUAUGCUACCUCUGGGAUCAGACAAGACAUUACUUCACAGAGGAAUGGAGUCCUAUCUUUUGCCAGGGCAGCAGUCUCCAUGGAUUCCUCCUGAUGCAAGAAAUUUCAGUAUGUUCUCAGGUCAAGAAGAAACAGCCAUGUGUCAAGAUAAGGAAAUCUUUCAGUUAGCUAAAGAACAUCACAUCCAAUCUGAAAAUUAUGCAAUCUUCAAUAUCCUGAGUAAUGGAGAGCUUGAGUGCAGCAACUCUUUGGAAGAUGAUUGUGAUACAGAGAUUCCUGGACAGGCACUCAUCUAUCGCCCUGCUCGUCAGCAUAUUUAUUCUGUCUUGUUGGAAUCAGAAGGAGAUGGAGCAUGUCCUGUGGUAAAAGAGUGGUUUGUCUAUUGUGGAAAUCCUCUACAACAGCCAGACCUGAUACAACCUGUGCAGCCCUCUAUUCCAGGUGGAACACCUAAUUUGAAAACACUGUGGUUUGCCAAAGGACCUGACGUGGAAAAGCAACGGUACAGUACAUUUCUGGCAUGCUUUCACCUUCAGGAUGCAAUGGAAGAGCUCCAAGCUCUAGAAGCACCUGUUGCAGCAUUCUGCUGCUUGCUGACCUACCUUAUGCUGCAGGUCAGUAGUCUCUCUCUGGAGGACUUAAAUGCAUUUGUGGCACUCGUUCUCUGCCUCAGAGGAAAGUCAGCUGCUGAACUGGCAAGUUUGCAGCUCAUGCAAGUGGACUCCAGAGCUGUACAUCUCGGUGCUGUUUUGGUUCGUGGCCUUACAACAUUGCUCAUGGCCAAUAGUGCCUGUGGCUUUCCAUUCAGAAUGGAUGAUUUGAUGCCCUGGAAAGUAUUUGAUGGAAAACUUUUUCAAGAAAAAUACCAAAAGUCACACCGAAGUUGCUCUUUGGAGGAGCUUUUGGAAGGCAAUGAGUCUUUGUAUACACCCUUCCAGAAUCUGAAGUCGCUCAUUUGCAAAGUUUGCGCAGUGAAGAAGAGAACAAUACAGAGCAGACCAAGAGGAAAUGGAUUUAUCACAGGAACACACCAAAGAGAACUUAAUCCUAGGUUCCAGCAAACACACAGGAGCUCCUUUGUUUCUCCAUAUCAUAAUCAAAUGAGGGGCAACCUCUGGAGAAAUCCUCAACCACAAGGUAGAAGAUACAGAUCAGGACAUCCAGACCAGAGGAGAAGAUUCCAUGUUCCUCCUUGGUAAAGAAUAAAUGUGAUGAGCUAGCAGACUGCGAUGAUGGGACAGUUGCUGUUGAGACUGGUUUUUUGUCUGUGAGAGCCUCUUACAAACUUUACAGAAUAACUGAACCAUAUGACUGCAGAAGAAAUGGCUCAAAGCAGAGGGUAUUUAGUAUGUGAAUCCCUUGCUAUGUCUCAACUUGCUAUGAGACCAGAAUCACAGAACUAAGGUUAAUGGUACCAGUUGAAGCAGAGUAUUAUCCAGGUGUAGCUUUUUUGUACCACUGACAAUGGAAAUUCUAAAGCAUUUGUACCACAUCAUAAGAUAUUCCUGACUAUUCUAGUUUUGUAUACUCCAAGAGUUUGCUCAUCAUGAAUCACAUGGAAUAUUCAUGCUGAAUUGUGGUUGUUGUCUUGGGUAGAUUAUAUCUUAAUCUUAAGGGUUAUGCCAUUGGCACUGAAACCUGUUGAAAAGUUUGAAAGAUGUCAUCACUGUUGCCAUUUAAAUACCACCUACCAGCAAAUCAAAAUGUCCUUCCUGUAAAAUGCAGUGUUUUCUUGAAACAGCCAAAAACUGCUGUUGCUUUUGGUACUUAAGCAAUUCUCUCAUCUGAAUGUGUGGAAUGAACCACAACAUUGCAGAGGAGAGAAAGAAUCUGAGUCUUGUCCUGCCCUACUUUGGCAAUAAAUAAUACUUUUAAGAACCAGACUUUUCCCUGUUCAAAAUCUCAACAGUAUAAUUGAAAAUUGUCUUCAUCUAUGUAAUACUCAACAGUUUCAUUUUCUUAGGUUUCUAGUGAUCUUUUAGUAAGCUUGACUCAAGGGGAUGUUUAUGGAACUGAUUUCCUCUGUUUAUGUGCUUUGGAGUCAUCAUAUCUUUAGUUUUGUACUUCAGCAUUUUCAGUAUAUUAAGUCAUAUCAUAAUCUCUGUAUGGGAAGUAUAUAAUUAAAGGAAAACGAAAGCUUGAUAAAACUGAGGAGCAGAAAUGAAUAAAGGAUAUGCAAAGAUGGAGGCAAAAUGUUAAAAGGAAGUUUUAUAAUCCAGUACAGCAUGCAGAUUUUCACAGGACUAUCUUUAGUUAUUGAGGAUGUUGACUAUUCCAAACUGCUUUUAGAAUUUUUUCACUUUUCUGUUUUUCAAUCUGUAGCAAUCAUAAGCUUUUUACUGUGCUGAGUGAGUAAGAUGUUGUGACCUGAUUCUUGCUUAAGUUACGUAACUUUAUGUUACGUUCUACAGAAUAUAUAAUAUUUCAAGCUAAGAAUUAUAGUUUACUGUAAAAAAAAAAAAAUUCAGUGUCUUCUGUCUGGCUUAAAUUUGUACACCUUUGGCAUCCACCUAUUAUUUUCUGUCUAAAUUCCUUUGAUUUCCUUUUAUUUAAGGAUUUUUUGGUUUUUUAAAGGAAAUUCAAAAUAGUACUUUUCAGGCACAUGUGGCUUUCAUGAGCAGUUCGCUUUUGAAACUUUUUACAGGACUUUUUGUUAGUAGAAUUGUUUUAGUGUUGAUGCUUGUGUGUCUUAUUUGGCUCCUCACAACUGUUGAUUUUUUAGGUCGUCCAGAUGAUGUUACUCAAUAUUGGAAGUGGAUGAAAACAUUAUAAUUUUCUUAUGUGUCUUUUUCUGAUUGUAAUACAAUAAAUACAUUCUUUUGUA